AUGGAUAAAACUAACCCUAAAAAAGAGCUGGUUCGCAGAAUCCUCGAAUCCUCCCCUGACAUUAAAAGUAAAUUCUAUACAAGAACUUCAAGGCUGAAACCAAAACGCAAGCAAAGUUAAAAGUUCGCUAAUUUUUGAAGAAGCCGCAAAACAAAUCGCAAAGAAAAAGCUUGAAAUCCAGCAGCUUACUGAAGAAAAGUAAUUUUUAUCCAGCCAAAAGCAGUCCUAUCAGCUUGAAAAACUUCAGACUUAUUUUUCUAAGCGUAACGAAAAGAAUGAAAAAUUAACUAAAAGAAAAACUGACCUUGAAGCGCAAUAUAAAGCUCUUUAUGAAGAGAACAAGCGACAAUAUGAAAAACGUGAACAAGAGCUAAGGGGUAUUGAAGAAAGGAACCAAGAAAUAAGAGAAGAAAUCGAUAAUGUUACUGAAGAGCGAGAAAACCAAUUAAAAGAAGCCGAUCUCCGAAUCCAAAAAUUAAUGCAAAUCGCUGAUAAAGCACUUUUGCAAACAAGAGAAGAAAAAGAAGCAAGACUUAAAUACCAGCGGUCAAUUUCUACACUUUACCACCUAGAAGGCGAAGUAAAGAAAAUGGAACUGAUAACUGAAAAGCAAAAGAAGAAAUUAUCAAUUUUGAUGGAUUUAUUAGAAGCCUCCAGAGACCAUCUUUCAAGGAGCAUUGACCAAAAAACACAAUUGUUAAACCAAACUAGUGAAGCAGCUGAAAAAAUGUGCGAACUGUGUGAAAAAACCUUGAAAGAAGAGCAAGAGUUUUAUGAAGAACGAGACUAUGACAUGAUGCAUACACCACCCUAUAUACAGGUUAAAAGACGACCUAGAAAAUAA